GAAGCAUGUCUAGUGUUUGGGGAAAUGCUACCAACAAACAGUUUUUUUCUGUCAACUUAGCCGAGUGCUUCCUCCUUCGUGUCAGGUUAUUGCGUGUGUGAAAAACAAAUUUCACGCCGUCUGUCGAAUAGCCACGUUUUUGUGCUGUCAUUUGAACCUACAGGACCACAGUGUCGCUGUAUGUAACCCGGUGGAGGACGUGAAGAUUUGGUAGAUUUUUGCUCAUAGCACUGACUUCAACAGCACCGCGUUGAUAAACCAUGUCUGAUUUAAUUCUGGUGCUCCUGAUAGUCGUGCUCCUUGUGUGUUUGAUUGUGACAGUGGGGGGUUUCCUGGUCUACUCGGGGCUCCUGUCAGACGUGGUUAUAAAGACUGGGCCACCACCUAUCAGAAAUGUUACCAUUGCUUAUAAGUUCAAAGAGGGAGCAUACAAGGACCGCGGUGCCACCUACACAGAGAGUUGCAGCAUCGGGCCAACGCUGAGGUCCAUCGGUUUCUUCUAUGAUCACACCAACCAGAGGCCAUCAGACAAAUGUCGCUAUGCGGUGGGCAGUGUCCUGUGUGAGGGUGAAGAAAAGCCAGAUGAAGAGUUGCAGAAGUUGUAUGAGAAGUUUGGCUUCAAGGUAAUAUCUCUACCUGAAGUGAGCCAUGCUGUGACCACCAGCUUCCCCUUCACCAGCCCUCUGUCCCAUAUGCUGGCAGCUUACAGGGUCUACCCAAGGCUGGUUUCCUACAUCGAGACACUUGUAUGUCAUCGUACGGAAAAGUGUUCAACUGGGUUGUCUGGGAUGAUUUCUACAGCCUCUUGCAGCGCUUCAGUUAACACAGAGCAGGAGAGGAAGCUUUGUGCUUUCCCAUUUAUCGAGAUCUAUAACUCAGAUGUCAUCAACUAUAUGGCUCCGCUGUCUCACCAGACAGACUUCUUUGUUCCAGAGAUAAUGGGGGAGGUCAAAACAGAUGUGAAAGAAGAGGACUCUGAUGAUGACAGAGGGACUGAUAUUACAGGUGCAGAUUCCCACAGUGACCUGAGCUCAGUGAGCGGUGGUGUGCCCUGGGAUAGCAGAGAGACAUCCCUGGCUGCCUCCACAGCUGCCUCCCUGGCCUCCUCCCUCCCCCUGAGGGACGUCAUGGAUGCGAACGAAGACAUUAAGCACAAGGACCACAGCGACAGAGGCUCAAAUGAUUCUAUGGGCAGCGGCUCGUCCUUUGAAGAGCUUGACAUGGAUCAGGAGGAGGGAGAAGAGAGGGAAGAGAAGGAAGAUGGGGAAGAGGAACAGCUCCCUGAGGUUGAAAAUAGAGCGACUGAACUGGCGGCCGAGAAGACGGAGACCUUGGGGGAUGGAGAGGAAUAGAGAGGAUGCUGAAGAGAGAAGGGAAACGGCCAUGUAUCACUGGCAUGCUAGAGAAUUUCUCAGUUGUUGCUGUUGCUGGUUAUCUGUCAUGUAAUCUUAUUGGUGGAUCUAAAGCUGUUCAUGCCAUGACCAACAUGCCAUAUUUCUGCACCUUCUUAUUCUCUUUCUGAAGCCUGUCAUUUUUGUUUUAUUGCAAUCUCAUUAAGAACAUGUAUGAUCCUAUAUAUUUAAACUCUGUCAGGCUAUAACAACAGACAACCACACAGGAUGAAGUCUUCUUGAGUAAACCCAAUUUUCUUUGCACGUGAUGUGCAGCAAAUGAGAGUCGAGAUUUGUCGAACUCUAAAUUUCAUUUCAGAACUAUAACCUUGUUUGAAUCACCACCAUUCCUGUUCAGAUUAGAAGUGACACUUCAUUUUAAGAUUAACGUCGUAGGAAAGAAACCCAGACUAUGAAUCAUCAUACACUGUGUUUUUGCCCAUGUGUAACAGUUGUUAUUGUAGCCCACUUUCAAGGUUAAGGAAGUUUAUAUCACGUGUUUGCGUGCAUUUUCCAGCUUUGAUGUCCUAAUAUAUUGUUAUAAUUGGGUGAAAAUGUGCAGAAACUGACGUAGAAAUUUUUGAUGGACCUAUUUAAUUGUGUUAUUUUUUUUUUCUGGUUUGGAAACCAUCUGUCACACAGAGGAAAUUCUGAAGUUUGAGGCAGUGAAAAAACUUCAACACCAGCGAGGACACCAGUAAAGUAACUCCAAGUCCCUCAGACUAAACAGACUUUAAAGAUGAAUGUGUUUUUCCCUCUGAAACUGUACAGUCCAUUUCAUAUUCUCUCUGCUCUCAGAUUAUUCUUUUUUUAACAUAAUAUCCUCUUUUAUAGUUGGUUUGUUAAAAAAAAAAAUUCUAAAGUUCUGUUUGUAGCCAAAACUCACUCACUCUCAGAGACUAGAUGUGAUGCGUUCGUAGGCUGAAAUUGUUGAUACUGUGAGACACUGGAAACAACAUCCCACACAUUGCCAUGAUUGUGUCUGUCUGUAAUAAAAAUUUCAAACUAAAA